AUGGUCGAAUGUCCAGAGUGCGGUGCAGGGGCUGAUUUGACGAAAGACGGUGCUUGGGCGCAUUGCGCUUCCUGCAACACGGUAUUUGAGCCAGGAAAAGAAGGUAGCCACUACAAGGGCAGCGGAAGCGGGUCUGGUGACAAGGAAGAAGAGAAGAAGAGCGAUUCGAAGGAUGAGAACGUGAAAAAGGAUUGA